AUGUUAGCUUUGAGCUACGCAUGGCUGUCCACAAUCACACCCAAUCACACUCACACCGACUGUUUUGGCAAAAAGAAGGACAAGGAUAAUCUGGAUGACCUCAAGCAGGAGGUCUCCAUGGAUGAGCAUAAGAUCCCACUUGCGGAACUCCUUUCUCGGCUAACCACGCAUGCGGAGCAUGGCCUGACACAGUCUCGGGCAAAGGAGGUGCUUGAGCGCGACGGACCGAAUGCGCUGACGCCUCCCAAGCAGACGCCAGAGUGGGUCAAGUUUUGCAAGCAGCUCUUUGGCGGUUUCGCGCUCCUUCUCUGGAUUGGCGCCUUCCUCUGCUUCUUUGCCUACGCUAUCCAGGCCACCUCGGAAGAUGAGCCCCAGCCAGAUAAUCUUUACCUCGGUAUUGUGCUGUCAGUUGUGGUCAUCAUCACCGGCUGCUUCUCCUACUAUCAGGAGUCAAAAUCGUCUGCCAUCAUGGAAUCUUUCAAAAAUCUGGUCCCUCAAUAUGCCACUGUUGUCCGGGACUCCCAGAAGCAUACUAUUCCCGCUGAAGAGGUGGUCGUGGGCGACAUUGUGGAGGUGAAGGGCGGUGAUCGAAUUCCCGCCGACAUUCGUGUCAUCAAGGCUCAAAGCUGCAAGGUGGACAACUCCUCGCUGACUGGUGAAUCUGAGCCGCAAAGCCGAACUCCUGAAUUUACCCACGAGAACCCGCUGGAGACGCGUAACAUUGGCUUCUUCUCCACCAACUGCGUGGAGGGUGCUGCCACGGGCGUGGUCAUCAACACCGGCGACCGAACCAUCAUGGGUCGAAUUGCCAACCUGGCCUCCGGUCUGGAGAUGGGCGAGACGCCCAUUGCCCGCGAGAUUGAGCACUUUAUCCACCUCAUCACCGGCGUGGCGGUCUUCCUCGGCGUCACCUUCUUCAUCAUUGCGUUCAUCCUCGGCUACCACUGGCUCGAUGCCGUCAUCUUCCUCAUCGGUAUCAUUGUCGCCAACGUGCCCGAAGGUCUGCUCGCCACCGUCACCGUCUGUCUCACCCUCACUGCCAAGCGAAUGGCCAGCAAGAACUGCCUGGUGAAGAACCUGGAGGCCGUAGAGACGCUGGGCUCCACCUCGACCAUCUGCUCUGACAAGACGGGAACACUGACCCAGAACCGAAUGACUGUCGCCCACAUGUGGUUUGACAACCAUAUCAUCGAGGCUGACACCACUGAGGACCAGUCUGGCAUUCAGUACGACAAGUCCUCCUCUGGCUGGAAAGCACUCUCUCGCACCUGCAUGCUCUGCAGUCGUGCCGAGUUCAAGGGAGGCCAGGAGAAUGUGCCCAUUCUCAAGCGUGACUGCGCCGGUGACGCUUCUGAGACUGCCAUUCUGAAGUGCAUGGAAAUUGCCAUCGGCAACGUUCUGGAUUACCGCCGAAAGAACCAAAAGGUGUGUGAGAUUCCCUUCAACUCGACCAACAAGUACCACCUGACCAUUCACGAGCCUGCUGAGGGCGGCGGCUACCUGAUCUGCAUGAAGGGCGCCCCGGAGCGAAUCCUCGAGCGUUGCAGCACCAUCUUUAUCAACGGAGAGGAGAAAAUUCUGGACGAUGAAAUGAAAGACGCAUUCAACAACGCGUACGUUUCGCUUGGAACUUUGGGAGAGCGUGUCAUUGGCUUCUGCGACUUGAAGCUGCCGGCUGACAAGUUCCCUAAAGGCUAUCCAUUUGAUGCGGACGAAGUGAACUUUCCCGUGAACAACCUGCGCUUUGUUGGUCUUGUCUCCAUGAUUGAUCCUCCCCGAGCUGCUGUCCCCGACGCUGUUGCCAAGUGCCGAUCUGCUGGCAUCAAGGUCAUCAUGGUCACCGGUGAUCAUCCUAUCACCGCCAAAGCCAUUGCCAAGGCUGUGGGAAUCAUCUCGGAAGGAACGGAAACUGUUGAGGACAUUGCUGAGAGACUGAGCAUCCCCGUGGAGGACGUCAACCCCCGAGACGCCAAGGCCGCCGUCGUGCACGGUCAAGAGUUGAAGGACAUGUCGCAGGAGGAGCUGGAUGACAUUCUGCAGCACCACACGGAAAUUGUCUUUGCUCGUACCUCUCCGCAGCAGAAGCUCAUCAUUGUGGAGGGUUGCCAGCGAAUGGGUGCAAUUGUGGCCGUCACCGGUGAUGGUGUGAACGACUCGCCUGCCCUGAAGAAGGCCGACAUUGGAAUUGCCAUGGGCAUUGCCGGCUCUGACGUGUCGAAGCAGGCUGCCGACAUGAUUCUGCUUGACGACAACUUUGCCUCCAUUGUAACCGGAGUAGAAGAGGGCCGUCUGAUUUUUGACAAUCUGAAAAAGUCUAUUGCCUACACACUGACUUCAAACAUCCCCGAAAUUUCGCCUUUCCUCUUUUUCAUCGUCUUCAACGUGCCGCUGCCUUUGGGCACCGUGACCAUUCUUUGCAUCGAUCUCGGCACUGACAUGGUACCUGCCAUCUCUCUGGCUUACGAACAAGCCGAGAGCGACAUCAUGAAGCGCCAGCCUCGUGACUCGCAAAAGGACAAAUUGGUGAACGAGCGCCUCAUUUCCGUCUCGUACGGUCAGAUUGGCAUGAUCCAGGCGGCCGCUGGUUUUUUCGCCUACUUCACGAUCAUGGCGGGCAACGGCUUCACAGGAUGGUCAUUGUUCGGCCUGCGUGAGCAAUGGGACAGUAAAGCUGUCAACGAUCUUGAGGACGCUUAUGGCCAGCACUGGACUUACAAAAGGCGUAAGGAUCUUGAGUACACCUGCCACACUGCGUUCUUCGUUUCCAUCGUUGUUGUGCAGUGGGCCGAUCUGAUCAUCUGCAAAACUCGACGAAACUCCAUUGUUCAUCAGAAGAUGACAAAUCACGCGCUCAACUUUGGCCUGCUUUUUGAGACGCUGCUUGCCGCCUUUCUUUCUUAUUGCCCCCACAUGGACAAGUUUCUUCGAUUAUACCCUCUCAAAUUUGAAUACUGGCUGCUUGCGUUGCCAUUCAGUUUGUUGAUCUUUGUGUACGACGAGGCCCGACGAUUCAUCCUGCGUCGCAACCCAGGCGGAUGGGUGGAGAUGGAAACCUACUACUAA